AAAAAUUUGAAAGUCUGCACUGCAGCUCAAAGCAUUUUUAUUUUUAUUGUUUAUUUAAAUGCAAUUUUUUUGCAUUUGUUUAGUUCUCUCUUUUAUUUCUUGUGUAGCUGUAAUAACUAAUACAUCAUAAAGGCUGAGAAUUCUGAAAGUCUCCCCUUUUUAUCAACAAAAAGAAAAAAAAAACAAAAAUCUAAAGAGGCUGUAGUGUUUAUCACAAUUCAGUUGAUACAUAUUUGGUGUUGGAGAAGAUAAAGGAAGAGUAAAAAGUAAGAGAGAAAUCGAAGAUGGCAACAUUUGCAGGGACAACCCAGAAGUGUAAAGCUUGUGAGAAGACUGUUUACUUGGUGGAUCAACUUACUGCUGACAACAAAGUCUACCACAAAGCUUGUUUCAGGUGUCACCACUGUAAGGGUACCUUAAAGCUGAGUAAUUAUUCCUCCUUUGAAGGCGUUUUGUAUUGCAAGCCUCACUUUGAUCAACUAUUUAAGAUGACGGGAAGCUUGGAUAAAAGUUUUGAAGGCACUCCAAAAACUGUUAGAGUCGACAGAUCUGCGGAUCAGUUCAACAGCAAUAGCAGAGUUUCAAGCAUGUUUGCUGGAACCCAGGACAAAUGUGUUGCUUGCAAGAAAACUGUUUACCCAAUUGAAAAGGUGGCAGUUGAUGGUACAUCUUAUCACAAGGCCUGUUUCAGGUGCACCCAUGGAGGCUGCGUAAUUAGCCCGUCAAACUAUGUAGCCCACGAGCAACGUCUCUAUUGCAGGCACCAUCACAACCAACUCUUCAAGCAGAAGGGGAACUUCAGCCAGCUUGAUAAGCAUGAACAUGUUAAACCAGUCACUGAGACUGCAGCUGAGUGAGAAUGUAAAAUCUUUCACAAAUCUCGAAAUAUGUAAUACUUGAAGAAGGUUAUUUCUCAGAGUCGGAUGGAAAAUGUCAAAACUAUGCUAGAAGAGCAACUAUAAAAUAUGUCAUGGUGGAAAUAGUAGUCAGUUGCGGAUUUUGAGCUUUUUUCGAGUGUGAGUUUUGAAUGUUUAAAUAAGUUUUUUGGUGUUAUAUUCCUUUCAAUAAACCAUGAACUUAAAGUACAAAGAUUCUGUAUUUCUUUUCAAGUUUAAGCUCUGAAAUUGCUUUCAUCUUC